UCGCGGAAGAGCUGAGGCGCGGCAUGAGUCGCCUGGGCCAGCGUAUGAGCCCGCGCCCCUUCCUUGGGUCCUGGGCAGUGUCGCGGCGGCUGCGUCGCGUCUCGGUGGCGGCUGGUCUGCGCCAGAGCCCGGUGGGCUCCGGCACCGCCUCUGUCGCAAACAUAGAGGAGCUGCUGAGUCGCUCCGUCCCGCCGCUGCCGCCCUACGAGACCAGGGAGAAGGCUCCGCGGUCGGCGGAGCUGCGCAGCGCAGAGUUCAUGCGGUACUACCGCGGCCUGGAGGCCGGUGCGCCCAGGGCCGAGCUGCUUACCCGCUUGGCCCGCGACUUCGGCGUGGACCAUGGGCGGGUGGCGGAGUUCAGCACCAAGGUGCUGCAGGCCCGGGAGCAGCAGAGGGAGCUGGGGGCCCUGCUGCAGGCCGAGGACCGGCUCCGCUACUACCUCAGCCCCCAGUACCGGGGUCUCUUCCAGCACCUGGGCCGCCUGGAGGGCGGGCUGCGCUUCCUUGUAGAGCUGAGGGGCGACCUGGUGGAGGGGCUGGCAACCAAGGCGGUGGACGGGCCUCAUGUCAAGGAGAUGAAUGGAGUUCUCAAGAACAUGCUUUCAGAGUGGUUCUCAACAGGAUUCCUCAAUCUGGAACGGGUGACUUGGCAAUCACCUUGUGAAGUACUCCAGAAAAUCAGUGACUCUGAAGCUGUGCAUCCUGUUCGAAACUGGCUUGAUAUGAAGCGUCGGGUUGGGCCAUAUAGAAGAUGCUACUUUUUUUCUCACUGUGCAAUCCCAGGAGAACCAUUGAUAGUCUUGCAUGUUGCGCUAACCAGUGAUAUCUCCAGCAGCAUCCAGGACAUAGUGAAAGAAGUGCCUUUAGAAACAGAAGAGGCAGAUAAAAUUACAACAGCAAUUUUCUACUCCAUCAGUUUGACUCAGCAGGGACUGCAAGGUGUAGAACUUGGGACUUACCUCAUCAAGCGGGUUGUAAAAGAGCUGCAGAAAGAACUCCCUCAGAUAAAAGCUUUUUCUACUCUUUCACCUAUCCCAGGAUUCACAAAAUGGCUUGUUGGUGCCCUCUCCUCACAAACAAAAGAACUGGAAAGAAAUAAACUUUUCACAGAAUCGGAAUGGCAAGAAAUCUCUGAGAUCACAGGAGACUCUUCUACUGAAACACUAAAGAAACUCUUAAAUAACAAUGAGUGGGUGAGGUCAGAAAAAUUAGUUAAAGUGCUCCAUUCACCUUUUAUGAGACUCUGUGCCUGGUACUUGUAUGGGGAGAAACAUCGUGGCUAUGCUCUUAAUCCAGUAGCAAAUUUUCAUCUGCAGAACGGCUCUGUGAUGUGGAGGAUAAACUGGAUGGCGGACACAAGCCCUCGGGGCAUUGGCGCUUCUUGUGGCAUGAUGGUAAACUACCGCUACUUCUUAGAGGACACUGCCAGUAACAGCGCAGCAUACCUGGGGACUCAGCAAAUCCAAGCCUCAGAGCAGGUUCUUUCCUUGGUGUCUCAGUUCCAGCAAAAUAGCAAGCUUUAAUUAAAUAUUAUGAAAACUAAGGACAAGUGUUCCCCAGCUCUAAAGAGCUGUGAUAUUUUGCAGUGUCUGCAUUAAAGAGAAUGUUCCUUGUAAAACAGAUUUACUCAGUUCAGUACAACACACAAAUGCCUAGAUUCUCUUGACUAGAUUGCUGUGUAUUCAAAACCUGAUGGGCUGUGAUUGAGUCACUGCAAAUUCUGUUAUGUACAAGUGGGUUAGAGAUAUAUAUUAAAGAGUGUUACAACUCAGUGGUAACAUGAAUGGAAAAUACUGGAGCUAUACCAUUAUUCAGUUGAUAAUAAACCUCUAUAAACUCUGUCUCUGAAAGGAUUCACCCUUCUUAGUCAUGAUACGAUACCACCAUAGAUAGUUCAGUACCAAAGGGCCUGGAAAGAAAUGCUGAACAAAGGUAGAAAUAUAUAUUAGCAAAACAGUAAUCCACAAAUUUAUUUCAAUAAUUUUCACCCUCCAAG